AUGGCUCCCGCACUCGUCGACACAGUCUUUCAUGAGCAGUCGGCAGUCGACUUCAAGUCGCAAGCCGGCCAAUACAAGGAAGCCGCGUUUGGUGGACCCAAGCUAUACAAGAAGGAACUCGAAUUGAGGGGUUCUGGCGAGCAUGCGCCAGCAAGAUACCCCAACUACCUCCCAGUGUGGGACUUCGAGAAGAAGUACCCCCCUCUUGAGCCCUUCGAGCACUACGAGCAUGGUAAAGAUGCCGACGCAUCGUUCUCAAACCUCUUGAAGGACGCCGAGAUUGUGGAAUUGACUGCGAACAUUGGUGCUGAGGUUCGUGGCGUGCAGCUCAGCAAGUUGACUGAUGCUGGCAAGGACGAGCUUGCCUUGUUCGUCGCUCAGAAGAAGGUCGUAGCUUUCCGUGACCAGGACUUUGCAGAUCUUCCCAUUCAGGAUGCUCUGAAGAUUGGUGGCUAUUUCGGUCGGCAUCAUAUCCACCCAACAUCAGGAGCGCCAGAGGGCUUCCCGGAAGUUCAUCUCGUCCACCGCGGAGCUGACGACACAACUGCUCGCGACUUCUUCGAGGAGCGAACAAACUCGAUCACAUGGCACUCGGAUGUCACUUAUGAGAAGCAACCUCCGGGCACCACGUUCUUGUACUUGUUGGACGGACCGGCAGCAGGGGGAGACACAUUGUUUGCCAAUCAGGCAGUAGCGUACCGAAGGCUUUCGCCUGAAUUUAGGAAGCGACUAAAUGGUCUCAAGGUUAUCCACUCAGCCGUUGAACAAGCCGACAACAGCAGGGAUCGAGGAGGUGUCGUCCGCCGUGAGCCUGUCACAUCGAUCCACCCGCUUGUGCGCACGCAUCCUGCAACUGGCGAGAAGGCACUAUUCGUGAACCCUCAGUUUAGCCGUCGCAUUGUUGGCUUCAAGAAGGAGGAGAGCGACUUCCUGUUGAACUUCCUCUACGACCAUGUCGCCAAGGGCCAGGACUUCCAGGCUCGCGUCAAGUGGGAGGCAGGUACAGUUGUUGUUUGGGAUAACCGGGUCACUGCACACUCAGCGCUAUUGGACUGGGAGGAUGGUGCGCGCAGGCAUUUGGCAAGAAUCACGCCGCAGGCCGAGGCGCCAUACGAAACGCCUUUCGAGGAGCAAAACAGCGGCGCCAUCGGCUUUGAAUACUGA